CCCCAUGACGUCGCGUUGUCGGAUCGACCAAUCCUCUUCGUCUCUCACGCCAUAUUGACCUGUGUUGUUAUUGUUGCACGUUGGUGAAGCUCUUCGUGAGGCCGUCUACGAAUUGCAGCGCGAUUACGGUGUGAAGACCGUCGGACGUGGGUGAACUCGACCGAAAAAAAAUCAAAACAGUGGCUCUGAUCGGACAGUUGUGUGUCAGUGGUGCAUCGCUGCCCCUGGGGAGAUCAAAGAACUCGCUCGCAAUGCCAGUCCGUAAGCAAGGUGAAGCGCAUCGAGCCCUCGAACUCCUCGAAGACUACCACUCGAAACUUAUCAAGCCGCAGGACAAGCAGCUGAGGUUGGCCAUCGAACGCGUCAUCCGGAUCUUCAAGUCGCGGCUGUUCCAGGCACUUUUAGAUAUCCAGGAGUUCUACGAAUUAACCCUCCUCGAUGAAACGAAAUCCGUGCAAGAGAAAACCGCCGAGACCAUUCGGAUCGCGAACAAAUGGGAAACCAGCGACGGACCCAUAGCCCCAUACGCCAACAAUGACGGCGGCACAACAAUCCCCAACGUGCUCCACGGCCAAUCCGCCAGCCGGGAAAAUUUAUCGUAUAUUCAGAAAUCCCGUUAUGCGGAAGAAGACAUGCCACCCCCACCGUCACCCCCCCUACUUCGCGAGACUGUACCCCACGACGGCAUCUCCCGCCAAGGCUCCCUAGAACGAGGCGGUCGCAGAAAAAGCUCAAUAGACAGAGAUCAAAUCAUCAAAGAAACACACAAGCCGGGGAACGACAGCUGGCAAGGGAACGACAGCGACCAGGCACACUCUCCCCUACUAGGUUCCGGCGACAACAAACCCGUAAACGGAGACGAUGAGUGGGAAUACGAGGAAAUCAUUUUGGAGCGAGGCGGUGCCGGCUUGGGCUUCAGCAUCGCCGGCGGCACGGAUAACCCCCAUAUUGGCGACGACACCGCCAUUUACAUCACCAAACUUAUACCUGGAGGAGCGGCCUCGACGGACGGCCGACUCCGGGUGAACGACUCGAUAUUGUCGGUCAACGAUGUCUCGGUCGUCGACGUCCCGCACGCCGCCGCCGUCGACGCUCUCAAGAAGGCUGGGAACACGGUGAAAUUAUGCGUCAGACGACGGCGGCAGCCUCGCAGUAUGAGACUGAUGGAAAUCGAGCUGGUAAAGGGAAACAAAGGUCUCGGCUUUAGCAUCGCCGGUGGCAUAGGCAAUCAGCACAUCCCCGGUGAUAACGGUAUUUAUGUCACAAAAGUGAUGGAGGGCGGCGCUGCUCAAGUGGAUGGUCGUCUCCUCGUCGGCGAUAAACUCGUAGCAGUGAGGGAUGCUGUCAAGGGUGAAGUCAACCUGGAGAACGUCACCCACGAGGACGCCGUCACAACGCUCAAAACCACGCAGGACAGGGUCGUUCUCGUCGUCGCCAAACCAGACAGUGCCUUUAAUGCUCCCGCAUCUGAUACUUCCUAUUCGCCGCAGUUGUCAGCAAAGCCACCAAACGCAUACUCGGAGUCGAUCCACUCAUCAAACCUCGCACUUCACCACCCACCCACAACACCAAGGGCUGUCAGCCAAGAGGAUGUAUCUCGAGAGGUGCGCACUGUGAUACUACAAAAGGGAAAUUCAGGUUUGGGUUUCAAUAUCGUAGGCGGCGAAGACGGAGAAGGAAUCUUCAUAUCAUUCAUUUUGGCUGGAGGCCCAGCGGAUUUGAGUGGUGAACUGAGACGAGGCGACCAAAUACUCAGCGUCAACGGCGUCAACCUGCGGAAUGCCACGCACGAGGAAGCCGCUCAGGCCCUCAAAGGCACGAAUCAAACUGUGACCAUAGUAGUGCAGUAUAGGCCCGAAGAGUACAACAGAUUUGAGGCGAAAAUCCAUGACUUGAAGCAACAAAUCUCGCAUCCCGUCACAGGGGGCACUCUAUUACGUACAUCACAGAAACGCUCUCUUUACGUAAGGGCUCUAUUCGACUACGAUCCCAUGAAGGAUGACGGGCUGCCGAGCCGAGGCCUGGCUUUCCAUUACGGGGACAUUCUGCAUGUUACCAACGCGAGCGACGACGAGUGGUGGCAAGCACGACGCGUACUUAACACAGGGGACGAACAGGGUAUGGGAAUUGUUCCCUCGAAGCGGCGCUGGGAGCGGAAGCAGCGGGCCAGGGACAGGUCCGUUAAAUUCCAGGGACAUAUGCCGAAUAUAUUGGAGAAGCAAUCGACGUUGGAUAGGAAAAAGAAAAACUUCUCGUUUAGUAGGAAGUUCCCGUUCAUGAAAAGUAAAGAUGACAAGUCAGAAGACGGCUCGGAUCAAGAACACUCCCCUUCUGCCACUCCUAACUCUGCUAAUGAUAAUGAACGAAAUCCCUCAUCGUUCAUGCUGUGCUACACCCAAGAGGACGCCAAUGCCGAAGGUGAAAUAUUAUAUCGGGUUGAGCUACCUUACAUGGAAGAAAUCACGUUAAUUUAUCUGGAGAAUAAUGAUAAUAAUGACGAUAAUAGCAAUGAAGAAAACGUUCUCUCUUACGAGCCCGUACAGCAAAUACCGAUCUCCUACACGCGGCCAGUUAUUAUUUUGGGUCCUUUGAAGGACCGCAUUAACGACGACCUUAUUUCCGAGUUUCCGGAGAAAUUCGGAAGUUGCGUGCCACAUACAACAAGGCCAAAACGAGAGUACGAAGUUGACGGAAGAGAUUACCACUUCGUGAGCUCUAGGGAACAGAUGGAAAAGGAUAUACAAAAUCACUUAUUUAUUGAAGCCGGGCAAUAUAACGAUAACUUGUACGGAACAUCCGUGGCUUCAGUGCGCGAAGUAGCCGAUAAGGGUAAACACUGUAUCCUAGACGUAAGCGGGAACGCAAUCAAGAGACUCCAAGUAGCUCAACUGUUCCCCAUCGCUGUAUUUAUUAAGCCGAAAUCAGUCGAAUCCAUAAUCGAAAUGAAUAAGCGAAUGACAGAAGAGCAAGCCAAGAAGACGUUCGAACGAGCUCUGAAGAUGGAACAGGAGUUUGGAGAGUACUUCACAGCUGUGGUGCAAGGCGACACCCCCGAGGACAUCUACGAGCAGGUCAAGGAGGUGAUCAAGGAGCAGUCGGGUCCAACUAUCUGGGUGCCAACGAAGGAAAAACUGUGACAAUCGGCCCCUCCAGUGUGGACGCUGCCAUCGCGCUCUCGGCUGCACUGAACAGUUGACUAGGACACAUUCUGUUGUUAUGUGCGGUGCCUCCUAAUAGCGUGCUUACAAGACCAGCUCAUUCAUUAAUCACUACUUUUAUUAUUGCCCAAUUGUUGAUAAUGACAAGUAGCAUAUGAAUUUUAAAAAGUAAUCUUAGUGUAUGGUGCGGCGGUGGAAAAUCACUCGAACACCCGCAAAAGCUUGUAUAGAUGUGGAUAACCUCCGAGCCCUUAUUUCAAUAUUAAAAUGCAACCGAUUAUCGCACUUAUGUUACUUAAAUAAUAUGAUGAAUAAACAUAAUAGUCAAAUCUUCAAAUCGUUUAUAAUAUAAUUAGCCAAUUGUUAUUUGAAUUUUAGGUAGUUUUAUCAAUGUUUUUUGUAGUGUAUGAUGUAUAUUUAAUAUAAAGGUUUCCCUGCCAAUAAGUUAAAUUGUAUAUACACAAGAUGAUAUAUGUGUAGUAUAUAACAGAAAUCUGUUAUUGUUAUUUGAAACAAGUUGUGACCUAACUUAUUUGAGUUAAUAAAAGAAAUUUUACUAAA